AGCAAUGCGCGGGGCUUACGCGUGAGGUCUUGAGUGGCAGGAUCAGGUUCGUCGACGAAGCGCCGGGUAUAACGCUUUCAAGAACAACAAAUGAAUCGGGAAAAAUUAUGAAAUUAGAAAUACUUCGUUAUGGCCACGGUGAGAUCGCUUUUCAUGGAAGUCAACGUCAAGCAAUUCACUAUAUCAAGAACGUGCAGUGGUAUGAUAAUGAUUGUGAGCGUGGUUGUGGAGCAGUAGGUGGUAGUACUAGUAGAAAUUGAAAUCUCGCGGCUACUCUGUAGGAGUACUAGCAAUCUCGCUACUCCCUCCUAUGAAGGUUAACGUUCAUGCAAGAAGCGUAUGCAUGUGGUCCUCAUCCUCUUGAUGGCGCAAAUAUGAUUGUGAUCUUCGGAGGAAGUAUUUGCGAGCCCCCAGACCACAAGGAAAGCUACCCCGAGGCGUUACGGGACGUCAACUUUAGGGUGUAGAGUUCACUGAUAGUUUCGUCCGAUGUUGCAGCGCGUUCGCGGGCAUGAGGAGGAUCUCAUCCACGGUCCCGAAGCAGAGGGACUCCGGGAAGCACGAACCAACCGCUUGAUCGCGCUCAAUAUUUGCGACGAAAACGCCACGUGGAGCGACCUAAAGGAUUUUAUCACGUUAACAACCCAGGCGGCGCCGACGUACGUGAACAUAUACCAGGGAUACGACAAGAAAUGGGCCGUGCUGGAGUUCCAGACGCUGGAUCACGCGCGGCUCGCAAUCAAACUCGUGAACGGACAACUGUUUCGGGGGCACACCCUCUACCUGCGCCAGGACCGAGAAGACCGAGCACUCGAGGCCUGUUGCAACCGGUGCUGUGCGCCACGAAACAACGCCGUCGUCGGGGAGUGGUGGGGUUCAAACUGGUUUUGCAGCAGCUGCACAAGUACUACAACUACUACUACUUUUCUGCUUUUGUAAAAUUUCGAUGGCUGUGGCUUGUUUUGCGCUUCUUCUUGCGCCCUAGCGCUAGCUUGAAAUUUACUCAUGGGAGCCAUCUGGUGCUCCUGUUUUUUUGUGGUAAUUCUUCUUGUAGAUAGUACGCUACGGAACGGCGACGAUCGCAAAUGAUCGAAUGUUGAAGUGCAACAGUGACAAGACGACCCGAGAAAAGUUUAUUCCUAAGCACCCACAACACCCAUUUUCAUUCACAGUUCCGGACGAUCUGCAUGACCUUCCCCUGAUCGACACGCACGCGCAUGUGGAGUUCAUUUUGGAUGGCCGACGAGGCUGCGACGUGCCGGAUGAUGAAUUGCGCGAGUCCCUGUUUGGCCUUGCUUUGCGUGGCCCCUUCGCGGUGAUCACGUCCUGCUGCGACGCAGCGGCCAUUGAGGACACGGUGCGCCUCGUGAAGCUGGGAGCUGGCCACAUCUACUGCACCUUCGGCGCACAUCCCAAGCGGGCUCUUUGGGAAUGGGACGCGGAUUUGGUGACCCUGUUUCAGGACGCGAUGCGGCGGUGCGGCAGCCAGGUAGUCGCUUGGGGGGAGUGCGGUCUGGACUACUCCGGUUACGGACCACUCGACGAGCCGUCUGGGAGAAUGGGCGAAGAAUUCGAACUAGAACGGCAGCGACAGCAACAGAUUCUCAAGGAAAAUAUCGAGAUUGCAGUCGGCAUGGGGCUUCCCAUUCAGUUUCAUUCGCGCGACUGCGAGGCUGAUUUUGUAGAGUGCUUGCUCAAGUGGCUACCGCGAGCACAUCCUUUCCACUGGCACAGUGCCAUAGCUUCUCACACGGUAGUGGAAAUGAUCCUCGAAGAGUUUCCGAACGCGUACUACGGAGUCAGUGGCUACAUCGCGUUUCCGUACGCCGAGGAUUGGGAGCUGUUGAAUCAGAUGUCGGAAACGGAAGGGGCAAAGGCGCGCACCGGGCCUUGUCUGCCGGAGGUGGGGCGUUUCAGGACUGGACCGCCGAUGAAAAAUAAGGUCAACUUGGUCGACAUGGUCAAGCGGAUUCCGCUUGAUCGCAUUUUGCUGGAAACCGACGCACCUCAUUUCACAGUGAACACGGGUGGGCCGGCCGACGUGCUAGAAAUCGCCAGCAGCGUGGCAGUUGUCAAGGACCUCACACCGGAAGAGGUGCUUCGUGCGAACGAGAGAAAUGCGAAGCGCCUUUAUGGCAUAGAAGCGACAAAAAUUCCGGCUGGCCUUGUUCGGGAGACGGCAGUGCAGAAGCAGGAACGGCAGCCUGAUGCGAUUUUUCGCGGGAUCAGGACGUGGCAGCAGCGCCGCAAUUGCAAACCCUCACCGCCAAUGGAAAGCGGUUCUUUGUUGUCGCCGGGUACAAAGGAACAAACGCGAUUCCAAAGCGCCCUGCCUGCGCAGACCCAGGGGGAGGUGGACGCUCCAAACAAGCCCAUGAAUGAUGCAACCAAAAGUCUGCUCUCGAGGCCUGGCGCCGGCACCAACACACAAGCGCACUGCAAUUUUCCUUCCUCGACUGGAGGUGAUGGUAGUGCCGGAGUUUUUGAUCUGGGCGAGUGCUCUAUUAUUCCUGAACCGGUCCUAGCUGGUCCCCGCACUGCAUCUUCAGUUGGCUCGCCGGCUUCUCCUGUAGCAGCAAGCGAAUGCCCUCCUAUGUCGGAGAGGACCUGUAUUCCCUGAAAAUUAACCAUCCCCAUCCACUUUUUGCAUGACAAACACAUGAUUUUUAUGUAUGUUUUGCAUGACAAAUUGGAUGGGGAUGGUUAAUUUUCAGGGAAUAACCUGCAGCGAGAACCUCUUCAGUUUUCUCACCGAAGCAGCAAAAGUCGAGAGAAAGGAGAGACUCAGGGGAAAUCGGGCGAAAAAGUGGGGCACGGGACUCCAGCACGACGAGACGGUGUCCUUGUUGCCUGCUAGUACCACGACAAGCGUGAUUCAAGUGUAAGUGUCACAAGAAACCGCAUGCCUGUAGGCUCUUUCGAUUUCGUACCCGCUGCGCAAGUCGCGACCAAGAAGCCCAACCUUCGGUGAUUUCGAAACCCGAGGUGGGCAGCAGCACAUGUAUUCACCGUUGAUGUGCCGCAGAUUGUAACCUUUAUUUAUUUGAAAAUCGAUCCACCACAAAACGUGUUUGUAUCUCGACAUUCCGUGCGCUCACCACCAGUAGCAGCGUUUUAUCCCGACGCCGUUUUCAUACUUGAUUAAGGAAGCAGCACUCGACGGAUUGCUUGAAGGAAUUCUUCACUACUAAAUGCCCCAGCACACGACUAUCUGGCUAAGGAUCUAAACAAGGCAAGCACUCUUUGCUGUAACUGUACUAAACCGACAAGAUUUGUUCAAUUGCUCUCUGCGUCGCAAUUAUCGCGGCGCGCC